AUGGCCGCCUCCGUUCUCCUCUCCCUGAUUCUCCUCACCCUCUCCUCCUCCUCCGCCGUCGUCGUCGCUUCCCCUUCCACCCUCCUCUCCGCCGCCAACGCCCUCUCCAACUCCGGCUACCUCUCCAUGGCCCUCACCCUCCAGCUCGCCUCCAGCGCCGGCCUCGACCUCGACUACCCCGCCGCCACCAUCUUCGCUCCGCCGGACACCGCCUUCUUCCAGUCGGGCCCACCCUCCCUCCCUCUCCUCCAGUACCACAUCUCCCCCCGCCGCCUCUCCGCCAAAACCCUGCCCUACCUCCUCCGCGGCACCAAGAUCCAGACUCUGCUCCCGAAUCACACGCUCACCGUGACGUCAUCUUUUGCUUCCGAGGGCUAUUCCUCCAUCGAUGAUGUUCGGGUCGACCCGAACUCGGUUCUUGACGACGGGGCGGUGAUCAUCUACGCCGUCGACCGGUUCUUUAACCUCACUUUCUCGGAGGCCAGCGAGGUUUCGGCUCCGGCGCCGGCCCCGAUCUCUGCGAUUUCCGUUCCGCCGCCGCAUCGGCCGUUCGGGUCGGUCGCCGACGCGCUGAGGUCCAGAGGCUGCUCGAUCAUGGCGGCGUUCCUCGACGCGCAGCUCAUCGGCUUCAACCGCAAGACGGCGCUUACGGUGUUCGCGGCGGCCGACGACGCCGUCCAGGACUACGCGAGGAACACCUCCGACUACUCGGCGAUUUUCCGGUCGCACGUCGUCCCGGCGCUGCUGACGUGGCAAGAUCUGGUGGCGCUCGACGACGGGACGACGCUGCCUACGUUCGAGGAAGGGUUCACGAUCAGUGUCGUCAAGAUGGGCGACGUCCCCGUACUCAAUGACGUUCCGGUGGCCGAUCAGGACCUCUACCUGAGCCGCUUUGUGGUUGUUCAUGGCAUCAAUCGCUUGCUGACCUCACAGACGGAGACGGUGACGCAAGCGGAGGAGGCGGUUGGGGAUCAAGAAGAUGGUGGCGCUGAUGUGAAUGAUGGGUAUGUUGCUGCCAAUGUUGCUGAACAGAUCAACCCUCUGGGUUUUGAUGACUAUCACUGA